GCUUUAGAAGAUCAAAGACAUGUGAAGUGAAUAGGUCAAUUUUGGUGCGAUGUCGAGCAAAAAUAGCAGGUUCUCGCCGUUUCAGAAGCAAUGCUUCGUGACUGCGGCGGUGGGCAUCAACAUCAUCGGCCACGGCUGCGUGCUGGGCUUCCCAGCCAUCCUGCUGCCGCAGCUGCAUGAGCCUUCCUCGCCCAUCCAGCUCACCAAGGAGCAAGAGUCUUGGAUAGCAUCGAUCACCGGCAUCGUGAUGAUGGCGGGGGCCUUCAUCAUGCUUCACCUCAUGAGCUGCAGCCGCAAGACUGAGCACUACGCCGUCAUCGCGCCCGUCGCCAUUGGCUGGGCCAUCACCAUCGCUGCCACUAGCUUUCAGGCAAUAUUCAUCGGAAGGAUGCUCUGCGGAUUAUCUUUCGGAAUGCUCUACCCUCUCCGCUCCGUCCUUAUCGGAGAAUACACCAGCCCCAAGAACCGAGGGGCCUUCCUGACCACGGUGUCCCUUGCGCAAGCUUUCGGCAUUUUCUUCGUCCAUCUGCUCGGCUCUCUACUCAGCUGGAAGACCACCGCUAUCAUCUGCAUGUUCUUCUCAAUUAUCAGCUUCGCUAUGACCAUAUAUUGCCCUGAAUCUCCCAGCUGGCUGGCCUCUAAAGGACGGUACGACGACUGCAGAAAAGUCUUCAAGUGGAUGAGAGGCGAUGACGAAGAUGAAGAGCUAGAAGCCAUGAUCCAUGCCAGAAUUCUGAUGGAAAAGAAAACCAUCGGUGAAAGUGUUAGACAGAAUCGCUUGAAAAGUAUCAGAGACACCAUAAAGAAGAGGGAAUUUUAUUUGCCGAUCAUUGUAAUGAUUCACGCGAACGCCAUGCUCCAGUUUUCUGGUGGAACGACGAUGGCAGCUUACUGCACGAAGAUUUUAACUCAUCUCAUGGGACCCGGAGCGAACAUUCACCUCUGGAUGGUUGUGCUAGAUAUUCAAAGAAUAGUAUCAAAUUCUGCAGCAGUUUACGUCAUCAAUAGAGCUAAAAGACGCACCAUGAUGUUUGCUACAGGCGGUAUAAGCGUUUGCAGCCAUCUGGCGAUUGCUGUUUAUGUGUAUUCCAGAAACCAGAAUUGGAUAUCAGGAGAAAGCGUUGUGUUGCCAGCAAUUCUCAUCAAUCUUCUAUAUUUUGCUGUUUCAACCGGAACGGUUCCUCUCCCGAACGUCAUUGCAGGAGAGGUAUUCCCGCUGGAGUACAAAGGUAUAGGUGGAAUGAUAGGCAUGGUCUCUUUAUCCGGGUGCAUGUUCCUUGUCCUCAAAACGUUCCCUGGGUUAGUGGAUAGUGUGGGACUGAAUGGAACGUACUUGAUCUUUGCCGCAGUUCUGUUUUACAACCUUGUUGUCGUUUGGUUCACGCUGCCCGAGACGAAAGGAAGGACUUUGCAGGAGAUCGAAGACGAGUUCAGAGGGAAACCGUUGGCUCCCGAAGAGAUUGAAGUGAGGAAAUCUAUGCAAGCAGAUCCUGUGAUGAUUUUCAAGAGGAAGGAGUCAGAAUGGACUGGCAGCGCAGGGUUUUUGAACGAGUGAGGUACAGAAUAUUCGGCUAAUCUCAGCUGUGCCGGAUCACGUACCUACUCUUAUAACACGCGUCACAAGUUGAUACCAAAAUACUCAAAAUAUUUUAAGCCAAGAUGACACGAUAAGAUGACCUUAUCUGUUACUUGCGUUACGUAUUUAGUUUAAAGAUGUUUUUAUCUUUGUUUUUUGUAUGCUACGAGUUGAUAUCAUCUUUCUUAGCUCGGAUGGAGUAUGACGAUAGACAAAAGAAGGCUGUUGACAUAUACACUGCCACUUUUUCAGGUCAUCGUGACCAAAUGAGUUAGACGAUAGAUGAGUUACGAAUCCGAGUUCUCUUUUUUCUAUUGUUUGUAAACACCUUUUCUCUAAUCUUUUUAUAGUCUCAAGGGAAACAUAGGUAUAUUUUCCGUAACACCAUACAUAUCAUUUGCUUUUGAUUGUUACUAAUUUCAAACCAUUAACUUACAUCAGGCAACCAUUUCCAAUAUCCGAAUGGGGACCUGUUAAAUAAAACCACAAAGUAUUUUUCUAUAAUAUUCUAUAUUAUUUGGUACACAACAGUCGCCCUGUCCAACCAUACGUGGUGAGCUAGCCAGUAACGGUCGCAAUGGCGACAAAAUUUGGAAAAUGUACAAUUUAAUACAAAAUUUGCUAUACAAAUGGUCGCGGUGUCUCCAGUAUAGUUGCACAGGCGAUGUUCGCUACACUCUGUACACGUUUCAUACAUGGGUUCAGCUUCAGAUCAGACCGGGUUGUGAUCGUAAUCGAAUCGAGAUCGCAUCGAUUGUAAUUAACAAAUCCGAUUUUUUAUUGUCAGAUAAAAUGUAGAUAAGAGUUGUAAAAACCCUAUCAUCAUAUUGAUUUGGCCGAAUGUGAUUUAUCUGACUACAAAAUAUCAGAUCUAAUGUGAACAAUAUAUCAAAUUAGAACUUCCUAUCGCUAUAAAUUUACUACCGAGGCCAUUGAUAAGAAAAAUUAUUCACUCAAAAAUUUUAUAGACAAAACUAUGACACCCUAUAAUUGGAGGGUGACGAACAAAUCUUGAUACUUGAACGAAACAGAAACGAUCUCGAGUCGAUCCGACCGCAUGACAAUUCGAUCGGACAGCGCGCCCUGGGGCAGAGAUCAAACGAACGGAUAAUAAAAGGCCAGGUGACUCGCUACUUACAAUUUAACAGCCAAUUUCUUAAAUGGCAUGGUUUUUUACACAAAAUAAAAAAAUAGUUGUCUAAAAACAACUGUCUGGCAACAACGCAAAAACGUAACAAUAUUGACUAUUUCUCACACCAAUAAGAACUAGAACAGAUUAGCAAACAAGAUUUGUCGUUAAGGAUCAAACAUACUUGCUCCUUGUAUUCGAUAUAACACGAUGCAACAUUCGUACUCGUACAAAUUAGAAAACUCUUUAUAUUAAUGAUGUGUAAGAAACCGCGCCAGCACAAAACCUAAAUCUAUAACAAGCCAAAACUUUUAAAUUUAAUAAAAAAAACUUGGACUAAAUUAAAAAAAUGGCUCGCGGCAUCUGCCGUGGUUACCUGUACAUAAAUAAAAGCUUUCUUUUUUAAGCGUUUAA